AUGUGGUGUGAGUUCGACUUUGAACACGACGCGCCGAAGAUUUCCAAGGGGGAUGACGAUCGGAUUUUGGCUGGAGAUCCCGACUGCCUCUUUGCGGAUGGAGAUAUGUAUUUUCGGUAUAAAGUGUUUACCAUUAAGGACACCACACCCGGAUGCUGGCUUAGCCUCGGUACGAAUCCCAAUGGAGGUACCACACUUAAUGAAGAGUGUACAGAAAACGUGGUGACAAAGAAAACCGCGGACGGUUACAUCUAUGAAGGGAAAGUGACCUACGACAACAUGUACAAGGGGGCAAAUACACCCAACCUUCCUGCACCGGUUGAGGGAACCAUCUGGGGUUUUGAUAGCACAAUCGACGAUCACGAUGUGAAAGGUUUCGGGAGAGAGGGUGCUAUCUCUUGGGCGUCGUCCUUUGAAAACGAUAACAGUGUUUGUAGUUUCGGCGACCUCGAGUUUGUUGGUGUUCGUGCGGUUACACCACAAGAUAAGCUCCCCACAACUUGGGGAAAUCUCAAGCAGAGGGCGACCCGAUAA